AUUCGAAAAGACCAAAGGUAAUUCUAGGGUUCUGGAAGGAAAGUGAAGUUCCAUUUCAUCUUCUUAACUCUCAACAGGCAGCAGAGAGGCCAGAGCAGCACAUACAGUUAUAUUAAUCCUAGAUAUAUAGAUAGAUAUGCAUUUAUCUCCGACUACAUUUACAGACAGACUUCUUCAUCAAACAGCAGUCAUGCCACGGAGAAGCACACGAUUAGACGCCCAAGGAUACUACGACAAUGAAGGACGACCAAUAAUUUGCUACAAGGAACACCUGAACAGGGUUUUUAACAGCAGAUCUUCGAGGAGCUCUUCAUACCGUAGUAGAGCAGAUUCCACAAGCUGCCUUGAAAGACACAAAACCAGCACCAGAAACAUACAUAAUAACAUAAUAACAAACAUGGACAAGAACAUAAAGAGUUACAAAGACAGCAAGCAAAUUAGUGACUAUGACAGCGAAAGCAAUACUAACAGACACAGAAACAGCAGGUUCUCCACUAUAUUCAACCAAAAUGUUUUUUACAUCCUCUUCUGCAUAAUCGUCCUGUGUUUUGGAUUUGCAUGCAGAGAAGAGUUUCUCUUAAAUAAAUUAAACAAAGAGACAAUGACCAACUUCGAGAGUCAAGUAAACACAUUAAGUGAAGAGAUUCUCAGAAUAAACAAAGUCCUGAACUCCCUGCAACCGGUGGCGGACACAAUGCCCAACUUCGCUCUGAGUAGUCAAGAGGCAAGAGUUUUACUUGAUCGGUCUUCACAAACGUAUUCCAGAAAAGGAGGCUGCGCCUAUCUUUUUGGAAUUUUUUGUAAACGACCUGUACACCCAAGGACAGUCCUUCAGGGAGGCUCACCCCCGGCUAUAGGACGCUGCUGGCCCUUUGAAGGUGGGCGGGGGCAUUUAUUCAUCGCCCUGUCAAACCCAAUCUACAUCAGCCAUGUGACACUAGGUCACGUUUCAAAGAACUUGUCCCCAACUGGCACCAUUCCUAGCGCCCCAAAGACGUUUUCUGUCUAUGGCAUGAAUACUUUAGAUGACAAAGAAACCUAUCUAGGAACCUUUCUGUUUGAUCAGGAUGGGGACGCAACACAAACUUUUAAGCUACCUGAUCAUGGAACAGGUGUCUUCAAAUAUGUGAAAAUACAAGUUGAGAGCAACUGGGGUCACCCCGACUACACCUGUCUGUACAACUUCAGAGUUCACGGAAAGCUGGCAGAAGUUACAGACAGGUGAGUAUGCAUUUCGUUCAAUUUUCUAGACUCAAUCCAUCUGUGAACAAAUAGGCGUACUUUACCUUCUGUUGUGGAAUUAGCAAGCAUUCAUAUUAUUAUUAUUAUUAUUGUUAUUAUUAACACAUUAUUAUUAUUAUUA